CAAGGCACUUAACCCUAAUUGCUCUGGAUAAGAGCAUAUGCUAAAUGACAAAAAUGGUAAAUUCAACAUGAAAUGUUCAUAUUUGGUAGACUCAACAUACACAAACUAUUUUUGCGCCUUCACGACAAACAUGAUCCUUCGUCAUGGAUCCAUAUUAAAGUGUUUAUGUGUGUGUCCCAGGUGUGUGCCUCCCGCCCCACGCCCCACCACGGCCCUCACCUGUGUGUUGCGGUGCUUCCCCUGCGAACCGUCCUGGGCUGGAAGUCCUUUCUUGCACCGCCCCCCCACCCCACCCAGCAACAGCAACGCCGUUGCCCCUGCAACUACCACCGUCUCCCAGGCAACUAUCAUCAUGACACGCUCCAAGACCUUCCAAGCCUACCUGCCCAACUGCCACCGCACCUACAGCUGCAUCCACUGUCGAGCACACCUGGCCAACCAUGAUGAGCUCAUCUCCAAGUCUUUCCAAGGAAGUCAAGGCCGAGCAUACCUGUUCAACUCAGUGGUGAACGUGGGGUGUGGACUAGCAGAAGAGAGGGUUCUGUUGACAGGGCUUCAUGCGGUUGCUGAUAUCUACUGUGAAAACUGUAAAACCACACUGGGCUGGAAAUACGAGCAUGCCUUUGAGAGCAGUCAGAAGUACAAGGAGGGGAAGUUCAUUAUCGAGCUGGCCCACAUGAUCAAGGACAAUGGCUGGGACUGAGUGGGUAGACCUAGUGUUGGAGAGGCGUGGCUUAGCUGUAGGGCACAGCUCAGUGUUGGACUCACCAAUAAGGUUUACUGCUAGCUCAUCCAUGUGACCCUAUCCACCUGACAUGCAGUUCAUGUACCCCCACAAUACAUAGUUGUAGGGGCGUCUGUGUGCAUGUGUGCUUGUGUGUUUACAAAAAUGAUAAAUCAUUUCCAGUGUACAGAAUAUCCAGAAAUGCACACACGCACACACACAGUGGCUCAGAGACAUGUUUGUAUUCACACUGCAUGUUGAUGCUUGUCCCAGGCCUCAGGGUGGACAGGAGACCACAGGUUAAGUGUUAUAGGUCAUAGGUAAUGUUCUAUCUGGGGGGUGAAUGAGAUGGACAAUGAACAUCGUACUGGACGGACAAGGAUGUUCCCCCAAGACCCACCAACACUACAAUGAGGUGAAAAAAAAUAUAUUUUUUUUUAACCUACGAUCACCCUCACUACCCUAUGUGGAUCCUUCCACCUUCACACACACAUGGAAGACACAAACCACCCAACCAAUCAACCAGAAUCACCAGACUUCUUGUAGCCUGAAAUCGUCCAAAACUCCCUUUGAGGGAUUGAAACUGAUUGCCAGAAAACUGCUUGACUGUUCAUCUGGAAAAAUACAUAUUUUGCUGUUCUUUGUUUUUUUUAUUUAUUCGAACAUGAGUUUAAGGUAUUGAUUUAUUUAUGAAUUUAUUUGGUGUUUGGGGACAAUCUCCCCUUCUACUCCCUUUGUUCAAAGGUAGCAGCUUUUUAGUUCCUCCCUCACGGUAGCAAUCUUAAAAAUUAGGUGUCACUCAAGUUGUCGUCCUUUUGCCUUUCUGAGUGUGCUGUUACCACCCUCUGUAAAUGUUUCAGUAAUGGUGAUGUGUGCAAUGAACAGUGGCGGAGUGCAAGAGGUUUUCAUGUCACCUUGGAAAAGAGACAGAAUAAAAGUUAGAUGGCACCUUUAGCUCUUUUCGGUUUCAAAAUAAUGCUCAAAGCUGGCAUUAUAACGGUGAUGCAAACUGAUGAUGAAAUGAGGCAAGUGGAGUGCCUUGUGUCUCGACACUGAUCUAAAGUUAGUGUUGUGUUUCCCCCCUAGUGGUUGAGGUGAAGAUAUGGAGAGGGUUACCUGAUUCUAGAUCUAUUUCUAUAGCUAAUUCUGGAGCUUCGCAGAUUGAUGUUUGUGAACUGGUAGUUCUCUGUUUACCUGGUUCUGCCUCCUCCACUGCCUCCUCGCUUAUUUGUUUUGCUGGUUUUACGAGAUUAGAGAAAAUACCAACAGUUAAAAUUAACUUUCUACAGUCUGGAACAGGAGAACCAAUUGAAAUCAACAGAAUGUGACUGACAGUGGAAAUACCCAAUCAGAGGGUGUCACACAUCCCAGCACAACAACCAAAGGCUCCCCCAUCAACAAUACAUUGAUCAAACAAUGGACCUGCCUAGAUUGCUUGUAUCAGGAAGUUGCAGAAUGAAAGAUUGUGAUUGGCCCAGAGCCACUGUCGAACCCUGGGCUUUCUCUGUGAGAUAAUGCAUUGUUUGGUUGAGACAAUUACAAUGUUAAUACCUGUAUAUUCACUAUGAACAUACGCAUUAUUAUUAUAUAACGAUAAACUGUAUUACACCAUGUAAAUAGCCAUAUUCAAUGUUUUAUUUAUUUAUUCAAUUGAUGAUUAUGUAUGCUCUGCUGUCUGUCUUGGGACACCUUGUGGGACAGUUAGAUUUCCUACUUUUUUACUAUUUGAAAAUGUAUUUUUCGUGUGUCUUUUGUAAAGGAAGGAAUGUUAAUGGCAAUAUAUGGGACUCAAUAAAGAUUCUUAUUUGAUUGAUCUGAAGAAAAA